CCGAGCCUAACGUAAGACCUCAUUCGUUACCGUUACGUGGUGCGAGGCGGUCAUGUGCGCGGAACUUGUGUCUCUCCUUUCCAGGGACUAGCAAGAGUAUUCAAGCAAGAAUUUAAAUCAAAGUUAAUUUGUCAGUGGACAAAAGACGUCGGAAAAAACGCCGCACUGACCCAUCGGUACGUCUCAAAGGUCACUGAAUUCGAAUUCGCUCUACCGCUCUACGUAAGUCGCAACGCAAGACGCGAUCUGUGCAGCGAGAUCCGAAGUCUGAGUGGAUUCUCUCAGUUCGUGAUACGGUCUCAAAGUCAGCGGUUGCCGGUCGCUCCGCCAUCGCCAUCGCCACCACAUCCGUUUAUCCGUUUCUUUCCUUUUCGAUCCGUGCCCGCCAGGGGAAAUAAUUCGAAAUACUAUGGCCGAAGGCAGUGCAAACAGUGUGCAAUCUUUAAUAAAUCACUAAGAAAUUCUGUGAAAGGGGAAUCACGCAGAGCCGAGUGCAAUUGAAAGGCUCGCGUGUAAGUUGUAGGUCCAUUGAAACGGCUGCAGAAGUCCACACACCACAUACACCUGUAACACACCUGUCGGCGCACACAAAUCUUUUGGAUACAAAGUGAAGAAACUCUACAAGUCAUUUCGGCGAUACAAAGAUGCCGUGUGGUAUUUCGUGUGUCGAUAAGACACUGAAUAAAUCGUUUUACCAUCUGGGAAUAUGCAUAGCCAAACAUCCUGGAUAUUUUAUUAUCAUUCCUGUGCUGCUGACGCUGCUCUGCAUGACUGGUUACCAGCAGCUGAAGUACCAAAUUGAUCCCGAGUAUUUAUUCUCGCCGAUUGCGGGGGAGGGAAAGACUGAGCGUGCCAUCGUUGAGCAAUACUUCAAAGUGAAUUACACGCACCGCUUUAACGUCGGACGCAUUACGAGGCCCGGUCGCUUCGGGCGAGUCAUUGUGAUAACGAAGGAUGGCGACGAAAAUAUGAUCCGCCGCGAGGUGUUCCAGGAGCUGCGGCAGCUGGACAACAUCAUCCAAAAUGCUACAACCACCUAUGAUGGUGAUACCUAUACGUACAAGGACAACUGUGCUCGCUGGGAGAACGAGUGCUUCGAGAACGAUAUCCUCAAUUUGGAUGCGCUGAUGGAUGAUAUUGAAGCGGGUCAACUGAAUUUGACAUUUCCUUUCAUGUUUAAUCCAGUCACGUGGGAUGCGCACUUGUUUCCUGUCUUUUUUGGCGGCACCAAGCUGACCGAGGACAAUUAUGUGAUCAGUGUUCCGGCCAUUCAGUUGGUGUAUUUCGUCACCGCAGACACCAAAAGGCAGGAUGCCAAGGGUGCCGAGUGGGAGGAGACUUUCCUGCGGGUGGUUGGCAACGCAGAGAAUUCGGGACAGUUCAAGCACAUCUCGGUCUCAUAUUUCGCCUCCCGCACGUUGGACCACGAGCUCGAGAAGAACACGAAGACUGUGGUGCCCUACUUCAGCUCAACGUUUCUGCUGAUGGGUCUGUUUAGCAUCAUCACCUGCAUGAUGGGUGAUUCAGUUCGCUCGAAACCCUUCCUGGGGCUCAUGGGCAACGUCUCGGCCAUUAUGGCCACCCUGGCCGCUUUUGGCCUGGCUAUGUACUGCGGCAUUGAGUUCAUUGGCAUCAAUCUCGCUGCUCCCUUCCUGAUGAUCGGCAUUGGCAUCGACGACACUUUUGUAAUGCUGGCGGGUUGGCGGCGCACCAAGGCCAAAAUGCCGGUCGCGGAGCGAAUGGGUCUUAUGAUGUCCGAGGCGGCUGUGUCGAUCACCAUCACCUCGGUGACCGACUUCAUUUCGUUCCUGAUCGGCAUUAUUAGCCCCUUCCGAUCGGUCAGGAUCUUCUGCACGUACUCGGUGUUCGCCGUUUGCUUCACGUUCCUGUGGCACAUCACUUUCUUCGCCGCCUGCAUGGCCAUUUCGGGCUACAGGGAGCGAAAGAAUUUGCAUUCCAUUUUCGGCUGCCGUGUACAGCCAAUGUCUGUUGCAAUCAAAGAAAAGCGCAACUUCCUCUACAAAGCGAUCAUGGCUGGUGGCAUAGACGCUAACGAUCCCGACAAUCCCAUCGACAACAAGGACCACAUGCUGAUGGCGUUCUUCAAGGACAAGAUGGCUGCAGUAAUCAACAACAAGUGGUGCAAGGCGAUCAUCAUUCUGGCCUUUGCAAGCUAUUUAGUUGGCGCCUGCUACGGAAUCACCCAAAUAAAGGAGGGUCUCGAACGACGAAAGCUCUCCCGGGAAGACUCCUACUCGGUGGAGUUCUUUGAUCGCGAGGACGACUACUAUCGCGAGUUCCCAUACAGAAUGCAGGUAAUUAUUGCUGGCCCGUUAAACUACUCGGAUCCUCUAGUGCAGGAGCAAGUGGAGAACCUGACCAGCACCCUGGAACAUACCUCGUACGUAACCUCUAGGCGCUACACAGAGUCCUGGCUACGCUCGUUCCUCUCAUUCUUGGAGCGCAACAAUGAGCUCCUUAAUGUUACCGUGGACGACGAGCAAACAUUCAUUGAUGCCGUGAAGGAGCACUGGCUGUUCCCUGGUAAUCCCUUCUCCCUGGAUGUGCGCUUCAACGAGGACGAAACCCAAAUUAUUGCCUCGCGGUUUCUCAUUCAAGCGGUCAACAUCACAGAUACCAAUCACGAAAAAGAGAUGGUUCGGGAUCUGCGACAGAUCUGCAAGGACUCUCCGCUGAAUGCCUCGAUAUUCCAUCCAUAUUUCGUGUUCUUUGAUCAGUUCGAAUUGGUGAGACCGGUUUCACUCCAGGCAAUGGUGAUCGGAGCCAUCAUCAUGAUGAUCAUCUCCUUUGUUUUUAUCCCUAAUAUACUUUGCUCCUUGUGGGUGGCCUUCUCGGUCAUCUCAAUAGAGCUGGGCGUUGCAGGAUACAUGGCCUUGUGGGACGUUAACCUGGACUCCAUUUCGAUGAUCAAUUUGAUCAUGUGUAUUGGCUUCUCAGUGGACUUCACCGCUCACAUCUGCUACACAUACAUGUCCUCGAAAAAGCGCAGUCCCAAGGCACGAGUCCGAGAAGCGCUGCACUCCCUGGGUCUGCCAAUUAUCCAGGGCUCCAGCUCAACCAUUCUGGGCAUUGUGGCCCUUCUGCUGGCCCAGAGCUACAUCUUCCUGGUCUUCUUCAAGAUGGUGUUUUUGGUGAUUUUCUUCGGCGCCAUGCACGGCCUUUUCCUGCUGCCUGUGCUACUUUCGCUCUUCGGACCCGGAUCUUGUCUUACCUGGACGGGAAAGGACGAUGGUAGCGACGCAGAGGUAGACGAGGGCCUGGACGACCGUCAGCUGGAAAAGCCCUUUUCACAGUCGUAUUACAUGCAAUACCCUAGCAUUGGCAUCAACGGCCCAUAUGGCUCGAAAGGCUUCCUGGGAGCCCCGUACAAGGCCUACGGUGUGGACGAGAAGGAUCUAGGACUGGGCACCUCUGGUGAGGACUCGUCGGAGAGCAGCUCAAGCCGAUCGCAGCACCGGCAGCAGGCAGCCGCCACAGAGGAGGAGGUUGUGGUACGUGAGUCUCCGACGCGGAGGUACGACGACGGCUGGCGUCGCUCCUCCUACCAGAACAUUUAUGGACAGGGAGCAGCACAGUUUCAGGCCCAACCCGAUCUGUACGGCAAGCAGGUUUCGGCAACCGAGUGGCGCCAGCGUUUGGAUUCCCACGAGCAGCAGCAGCGCCAGCGGCAGCGGAGAAGUCCGUUUGAAAACUACCGCCAGGAUGUGGAGAUUGACAUGCAGAGGGCGCGACGUAACUCGCACGGCGACGUUAUCGAUCUGCAUGGAACACCCAACUCCUCCGUUGAGGAGCGAUUUCGACGACGGGGAGAGCCCUUCAGUGCGGAAAGUGGGGACGACAGCAGCUACCGUCAUCAACAGAUAAUGGCUAUGCCAGCCGCUGGAUCCGCUCCUUCAGCUAAGCGGUAUCACCGACGACGAUCCUCAGAGGAUUCGACCAGCCGACACCAGCGAUGGCCGGCAAACAUCGAGGAGCGGAGGGCACGACGCGCUCACUCGCCUGCCCACAACCGCCCAGAGACUGCCUUGACCAGCUACGCCUACCGCUCCUCCUCGCACCAUAAUCUUUACCAGCCGAACGGGAAGUCUUCGAAGUAUCCGCCCACUUACCAGUAUGGCGACUACUACCAUUGAGUGAAAAAUGCGAAAGUUGAAAUGUGACAGGAAAAUUCCUUAUAUUUAUAGAGUGUUCUGUGGGACAGCCUUUAAACAAAUUACUAGCAAAGUAAAGAGCAUUACAAACCCUUUAAAUGAAUGAUCAAAAUCGGUAUGGAUUCUCAAGCUACAAGUAUUUUAACUACCCCGUUAAUCAGUCGAUUUUAUUUUACGAACCAAAUAAGUUGAAGCUUAAAUGUCCUAUUUUGACCACUCAAAAAUGUGUUAAUAUCGCCUGUAGAACAUAUAAAAGAAUUUUGAUUGUUUAGUUUGUUGUACCUACUGCAAUUUUAAUCGAGGUAUAUAGGGACUUGACGACACAGAGCAAACUUUCUUGUCAACCAUAUUUAAGUUAGGCCUUUUGAACAAAUCACAGCUAUUUCAGUCACUUUUUUUAUACUUGCCCGCAAUUUAAUGACACAACACGAGCAUUUCAUCGAUAAGAGCUCAGAGAACUUAAAAUACCAACUACACAUUAACAUACCUCUAGUUACAUGUAUGCUAUUUGAGUCAGACUUUGGGAUUCCCAUAUCAGUUUUCAUUAAAAAUAGUUUAGAUUUAAUAACAUUUUGUAUAGCAAAAGAAACCAUAAGUAAAUAUUUAAAAACUAUUACCUGAUAAGAAUGGCCGCCGCAGCAAGGACGGCUUGGCUACCUAGCGCUUAUACGCAUUUGGGACAAGUUUGUACAAUUGUUUACACUUUUUUCUAUUUAAUAAAAAUUUUAUAUUUUCCUAGAAA